AUGGCAGACCAAAAGCCUGAAGAGACUGUUCCCGCGGAGUCUCAGCCGGCAACGCAGGAUGUUGCGCAAGGCAGCAGCGAGCAGCCUGCCGAGCCUGUCGCGACAACAGCAACCUCGGCCGAGCAGGCCGCAAGCGAGGAAAACAUUGCGCCCAAGACCGACGAGGCCAACGAUGCCACUGACGCCGCGACUUCUGCAGCGGCCAAGCCGGAAGAGCAGCCCGCAUACCUCGUCAAAAUCCCCGGCCUGGUGCAAUUCUUCGACAAGCUGCCCACCCUCCUCACCAGCACUGGCCACGGCGAGAUGUGGGGUGUGCCACUCAAGGGCCGCGACGACGUGCCCACCGUCAAUGUGCUGAUCAAGUUUCUGCGCGCCAACGAGGGGAACCUCCAGGCAGCAGAGGAGCAGCUUCGUAAGGCGCUCGCGUGGCGCAAAGAGAUGGACCCGCUGGCGUUGGUCGCUACGGGAAAUUAUAGCAAGCUCAAGUUCGAGGGCUUGGGAUUCGUGACGAAAUACGAGGAGAACGAGCGGCCCCUGGUGUUUACGUGGAAUAUCUAUGGUGCUGUCAAGGACAUGACUACGACUUUUGAAAAUCUGGAUGAGUUCAUCCAAUGGCGCGUCGCACUCAUGGAACUCGCCGUGCAAGACCUGAAGAUGAAAGACGCCACGAGCGUGAUCGAUUACGAGGGCGAGGAUCCGUACCAGAUGUACCAAGUCCACGACUAUCUGAACGUGAAGUUCCUACGAAUGGACCCCACCGUACGGGCCGCAACCAAGAAAACAAUCGAGGUCUUCUCGACCGCGUACCCAGAGCUACUGCGCGAGAAGUUCUUCGUCAACGUCCCCGCGAUCAUGGGCUGGAUGUUCUCCGCCAUGAAACUCAUCCUGAGCCGCAACACCACCCGCAAAUUCCACCCAAUCUCCAACGGCGUCAAUCUGGCGCGCGAGUUCCCGGCCGCUAUUGCGGCGCAGAUCCCUACGGUCUAUGGCGGGAAGGGUCCCGAGCUGUCGGAGGGGGCGAGGUCUUUGGCGCUGGCCGAUGAUACGGGUAUCGUGGCUCGGGAUCAUGCUCAGACGGCUGUGGCUAAGCCUGCUGAAAAUGAAACUGAAAGUAGCCCUGAAGUGCCUGCCAAGAAUGACGAGCCCGCCCAGGAGGAGCAAGCAAAGGAUGUGUCCACGGUGACCGAGGAGGCUACUUCUGCUGCGGCCGAGGUCAAAUAG